UGCAGCAAAUUCAUUUAAUUUUAAAUCUUGAUAAAAUAUAUACAUGCUUAGUUUCUAAAGAUUACACAGGCUUCAGAUUUAAGCAGUCUCAAUAAUUCUUGUGGUCAAUGUGGUCAAUGUGGUCAAUGUGGUCAUUGUGGUCAAUGUGGUCAUUGUGGUCAAUGUGGUCAAUGUGGUCAAUGUGGUCAAUGUGGUCAUUGUGGUCUUCACAAGUUAUGUGUAUUUAAUUUUAUUGACCACAAGAUGUCCUUCUAUUUCAUAUUACUACAAAUUACUCUGAUUUAA